GGGGCACAAGGCCGCCGUUGUAGUUAGCCGGUAGGAAGGGGUCAAUGCUACGGCUGCUGGGAUAAGGCCGCACCGGUACCUGUGGUGGAGCAGUGCGUGCGGAGGGAGCGCCGGCGGCUCUUCCGCGGUGCUCAGGUCUCGCUGCGGAGCCGGAACGAGAGGGUUAUAUCCUGGGCAAAGAAGGAGACUCAUAAAGCAAAAGCGGCGUGGGGGCUCCCAGGGAAACUGUGGUCACCUGUAAUUCAUGUGCACAAAGACCCGGACAAGAAAAAAGACUGUUCUCAAUGGUCCGUAGUGGGAAGAGUGGUGGGCUUCAUCUGAAGCAGAUUGCCUACUACAAGCGAACAGGGGAGUAUCAUCCCACAACGUUGUCAAGUGAAAGAAGUGGAAUCAGGAGAGCAGCCAAAAAAUUUGUUUUCAAAGAAAAUAAAUUGUACUAUGUUGGAAAAGACAGAAACCAAAUGCGCCUGGUCAUUAUUUCAGAUGAAGAGAAGAAAAAAGUGCUUGAAAAAUGCCAUGAAAAUACUUCUGGCACUCAUCAUGGCAUAUCAAGGACACUAACUUUAGUGGAAUCUAACUACUACUGGACCUCUGUAACAAAUGACGUCAAACAGUGGGUGUAUGCUUGCCAGUAUUGCCAAGUGGCAAAGAAUACAACCACCACAGCACCCAAACCACACCCAAUCAAAGCAGAGGAUCCUUGGGCAGCAGUCACUAUAGACCUAAUGGGACCUUUCAGUGUUACCAACAGAAGCCACAAGUACGUCAUAAUUAUGACAGAUUUGUUUACAAGAUGGACUGUUAUCUUGCCACUGCAUGACAUUUCAGCAGCUGAAAUUGCUAAGGCAAUCACAAAUGUGUUUUUCUUAUAUGGGCCACCUCAAAAAAUGCCAAUUGAUCAAGGGAAGGAGCUUGUUCAUCAGAUAAAUGAAGAACUGUUUGCACUGUUUGGAAUGAAACAAAUUGUGUUGUCUUAUCCUCAGACAGAUCACGUAAAUGCAAGAACAUGCAAAACAAUCAAAGCUUUCCUUAACAAAUACUGCAUCAACCAUCCAAAUGAUUGGGAUGAGCAAUUGUCUGCUAUUGCCUAUGCUUUCAAUUUGACAGAUUUGGAGCCAGGUCAAACCACCCCAUAUAUCCAAAUGUUUAAUCGUAACCCACACGUUGCUGAGCCAAUGAAUAUAUGUGCAGAAGGAGAAUACAGUGUGUUUGCCAAAAUAUUUGAAGCAACUAAAACAGCCAGUCAAGUUCUAGAAGAAGAGAAGACCUCAAAUUGCCAGGUGGAGAAAAACACUUCAGGUGAACAGAAAAUCAGAAACAAAAUAACUGUCAAAAGGAAGCCAAAGCAAUUAAAUACCCCGCGACUUAAAGUUGGUCAUGAAGUCCUCAGGCAAAGAAAAAACUGGUGGAAAGAUGGUCGUUUCCAGUCGGAAUGGGUUGGUCCUUGCAUUAUAGAUUGUAUCACAGAUAAUGGCUGUGCAAUACUAAGAGAUGUCACAGGAUCCAGGUUGAAAAGACCCAUCAAGAUGUCUCACCUCAAGCCAUACAUAAGAGCGUCCAGUGAAAAAGACAACCAUUACUUUUUACAAGGCACAGUAGUUGUUGACCAUGACUAUAUUGGCUUACCUGAACGAUCCUAUAAUCCAAGGCAACAAGACUCCGUUGCGGAAGGAGAAAUAAAUACCUACGCAAGAGAUGUCGUGUCUGCUGUACAAAUGCCACCUGCAGCCUGCAAAGACCAGGAGUCAACAGAUGGUAAACAUCAGUCUGAGCUGACAGAAGAUCAUUACAUUGAACCAAACACUACAAAGACAGAGCAAUGGCCUUCACCUUUUUCGACACUUCAGACCAAGACAGAGGAUACUUAAGCGUGGUCUUAAGUUACCUGUCAUUGACAAACAGUUUGGAACUUCUGUGGCAGACUGGAAAAAAAAAUCCAUAGCCAAAUCCACUUUUCUACUUUAUGGAUAUAGAAGUAUAUCCAUAUAGAAGAUAUAGAAGUAUUGCAACUACCCACUGGCUAAUUUGUAUGGGCGUUAAGAAGGGAUUGCUCUGUUACCAAAAACAAAGACACAUGUUCAGCUACUGUAUGAAUUUAAGAACACUGUAUGUGUCCAGUAGUUAAUUUAUGUGGGUGUUGAGAGUCCUUCAGUGACCAAAAGUACACUCACAGCCUAGUAAAAGCACAUGUUGUCAUCAUGUAUUUGAAUUUCAGAUACAGUUGGUAGAAUAGCUGUUUGGCUGUACCUGUUAUCCUCUCAAUUGCAUCACAGUCAGGACACAAUGCAUCAUUUUACUGUAAUAACCUUUUCAUUAAUCCUUAGAUAACUCAUUUCUGAUGUCAUCUAAGGAUUAAUGAAAUGUGUGAAGGUACUGUAGGAUGAAUAUAAUCUAAGCAAUUUGAUGUAAAUUUUACCUCCAGUGUAGAGAAGCUGGUGUCUUCCUGUUAUAAACCAGUUUCUUAUGCUGAGAAGCUGCAACUUUUGAUUUCUGCAGCUUUUAGUUUCUAGUCUAACCCACAGCUCUAAGAUUUGAUGAAACAGCAGAGCUGCCAAAAUCAGGUACAUGUAGUGUUCUGCACGUGAAAAUAUGUGGCCCUUCAGCUGCUCCCACUUACCGAAAUUCUGCUAGGGUGAGCAGUUUGAAUUUCUCAAAAUCUUAAGCAUAUUUAGAAUUCAUUUUUGCUUUUUUUCUCCCCAAACAUCUGCUUUCCCUAUGGCUAUAUCUUCCCAGGGCAGCUACAGAUUUGGAGACUUACACUGCCAGUGGUCAAGGGAAAGGUGAAGCACUGGUAUUACUUAUUCUCUGAAUUCCUUGAGUAAAUUGUUAAGGGUUUGGACUUCCUGCUGAAGAAGAUGGUAUUUCAGCUGAACAAGAAUUAUUUCAUGUAGAAAAAAGAUGAGUGCGAGUCAGUUCUUUUUAUAGAGGAUUGACACAAAAAAAGACAGCUAGCAGAAAACUGAAUUUAGAAAUUCAGCAACUUUAAUACUGUGGAAGGUUUGCUUAUCUUGCUCUCUGAAUGUGUGCAUUCCAUCUUAUCUCUGUGUUGAAUGUUUUGUGAUUUGUAAACAAGUGGAGGAAAGUAUUUACGAAGAGUUUUCUGUUAAUCUUAAAUCGUAAGAUGUGAUCCUCAAGGCUGAUUAGGUUAUGUAACUCGUAUCUUUAAAAGGGACCACAGCUGUAUAAGACAAGACCUCAGCCCUAUAACAGAAUCCUAUUUUAAGAUUCAAGUGAAAAUUACUUAAAGCAUUUUGUGUCUUUUGAAAAUCCAGUCCUGCGUAUAAACUUUUUCUGCUUGAGACUGUUUCAGGAAAAGGGUAAUGUGGGGCAGAUGGGGAUGCUGCCUUAAUGGCCUCCUCCUCUAUGCCAGCUCAAAGAUGAACUUGGAGAUGACCAAGCUUCAUGUUGUCGUUGUCAUUGACAAACAUAUGCAAGCUGAGAAGACCGUCUUUCUGUUAGCUGCUGUUGCCCCCAGGCCACCCUCUCCCUUGAGGACAAUUGACCUUUAUAGUGCAGACAAGGAAGUGGGCUUGGUAAAUAAUUUGUCUUGUUUAAAUUAAGUGCUAGGAAAUCCUGUCAAACUAGUUGCAGAAGGAAAAAAACAAACCCCACAUGUAAAUAUGACAUAACCACUAAUUGUUGAUUAAUUUUUUUUCACCCAGUAAUAAGCACUGGGGUUAUAUGGUAUUUUUUCCCUGGACUAGUAGCUAAAAGACAAUAAUCUGUUUGGGUGCUCUGUGCCUUGGGCAUUGGAUGUUCAUGGCAUGAUGAUGAUGUGGCAGCCUAAAUUGUUCCUAUGCUAAUCCUUUUUAAGCCAACCCCUUCUCCUCCUUACGUACCUUCAUUUUUUCCACUAUGAUUGACUAAAGUGCCAUCUUCUGCUAGGACAGAUUUGUUAUAUUGUGUGUGUGCACACAUGAAAUAGAGUGCAUGCAGAAAAAAAAGGUUGGGUAAAAUGGGAGUGUAAGGGAGCUCUCUACAAGACUGUUUUCUGCUUUGUUAGGUGUAAGAGAAAACUAGACCCUCUUUUUUUUCUUACCUCUACUGAUCAUUUCCUUAUUUGCACACAGCACAACAGAGCUGUUUUCUGGGGAAGCUCCGGGGCAAUGCAAGUGCUGUGUACUUGUUAUAACUACACUGGAGAGAAAGAAAAUGCUACAGUGACAGAGGAAUGGGAAAGCCAAAAAACAGUUUUCCAUAUUGUGUAAUCCUGAUCAUUCAGGCUUCCUGGUAAUUUUGAUCUACUAUAUUAACAAGCAGACAUUAGUGCCUCUUCAGCGCACAUAAGUGGGCCUUCUCUGCAUGUGGGAGGUUCAUUGGAAUAAAAUAUACGGGUUUCAAACUAACAGCAUGAAAAACAGUCCAUGGAAACUGUGAAAAAUGCCCACCAAGAAACCUGAGACAUUGCAAGCAGCACACUGGGCUUCAGGAAGUUUAGAGAAACCACUUGCACACUUGCAAUAGCAAAGCCGUGUUCAGUGUAUGCUUGUGACCAUGGUGAACUGUGACCUGCCUACAUUUGGUCUGUAUUUUAAUCAAUACAUGUAUUUUAAUACAUACAUGGAUGUCCAUCUCUUUUUCACUGGCACAUAGGUUUGAUUUAUGAUAGAACAAUUUUGUAACAGAAUUCUUAGAAAUUCUGCAUUCUAAUUGAGUGUGUGCCCCAUCGUGGCAAGCUGUUUAGAGAGGAAGAGCAGAAGGAAGUACAGCAUGAAAGAAAAGAUGCAGAUGUCCUUAUAUCACACAGAACUGUGAAUGUUUAUGCUUUGGGUUUGAUUGCUCACUGUUUGGUGCAGAACACAACAAAAAACACCUGCUAGUGGAAAGAUGCUGUACUCAAAGUGUUUUACUGUGGAAUGAAAACUUUUCACCUCUUGUUUGAAUACUUCCUGAACUUUUGUAUAGCAUUUGUCCAUUCCAUGUUAAGAUGUUCUUGCUUUCCACCUAC